UUGGAAUCAAAACUAAAUUUUGCUAUGAAAUCACGCGAUCGUAGCCAAUUGCUUAUAUUAUUUGCCAUAUAAUUAAUAAUUAUAGUUGUACAGUUAAUUGCUUAUCUGCAUAGUGAUACAAUUAGUAAUUAUAUAUCAAAUAAUACUGAUUGUCCGGGUUUCACCGGUAGGGGUGAUAUGAAUGGAGACUCACCGUAUACACGACCUGCUCAUCCCGUUUUUACGCAAAAAGGUCUAAAAUUAAUUCAUCUUCAGAUUAAUUUUCCUUUUAAUCGCUGCUUAAGAUCGACAAAAGAGCUUUGAAAAAAAAUUGACGUGAGGAACUGAAAAUCCUGAUUAAAACUCCUGAAGAUCUAAAACUUAAAAAUUAAAUAAAGUCUUAACCUAAUUACAAUUCUAUGUGGGACCCUGCUUUAUUAAUUUUUUAAGUAUAUAAGAAAUUUUCAUUUUAUAAUUAUAUAUUUUUAUAUCUUAUAUCUUUUAGAUUUUACUUUAACAUAAGAUUACAGUUUUCAAACUUCCUACUUUUAAUCAAAUUUUUCUUCUUAAUUAAUAAUUGUCUAGGCAAACUAUGGAGAAUACAAUUGCAGAGAUACUUACAUUCUAGUGGCUUUUGAACUACUAUUAGGUUCUUCACAGAGAAUAAGAAGAAAUGCAGACUGUAAGAAAUCUGUAACAAGACAUGAAAUAUUAUAAUUGUUGUUAAUAACAUAGUUGGUUGUUUCAAAAGAUUCAAGUAGUAAAGGAUGAAACUUUAUCAAGUUUGAAGCUUUAGUAAUGAUAAAGAUUGAAAUUCUAAUAAACUGUAAUAAGUACAAGAACAGGAACAGGAACAGGAACAAAACAGAUAGAAUUGAUGGCUUCAAAAUGCGGAUAUCUGCGUUUAAAAAAUAAAUAUGCAUCUCAUAAUUUAAUAAACAAAAUUGAUUGAUGAAAAAGGAACAUAACAAUGAAAUCUUUUAAUUUGAUAUAAAAUAAUAUUCUUGGAGAAACAGUAGUAAUUACAUCUGCACUAUCGUUAUACAAUGUGAGACAACACAGAAUUGAAUUUUGUAUUGAUAUAUAAUAUGUUAAAAUCCAUAUGCAUAAUCUAUCUUAUUUAUGAAAAUAUUUCAUAUUUCGAAAACAUAAGUGAUUAGUAAAAUAGUGCAAAAUGAACUUUUUUGGAACAUGGUGGUGUCAUCUACCAGUAAGAAAAUGUAUUAUUAGUUGGCAUUGACUCAAGGACAGUAAUUAGUACCGUUAGAUGGCACAACUUUGUCCAAAAAAGCCAUUUGCGCCGUGGUUUACAGUAAUUACAUAUAAUUAAUUAACUACAUACUUACGUAGGAAAUCGGACUCGAUACUAUACAAAGAAGAUUUCUGGGAGUUAAAGCUUUAAUGCAAUUCCUGGAUAAUUCAACAAUUCUCAUUAUAUACCAAGAAAUUUGAUUUUUUCAUUUCGUUCCAAAAAGAGUAGUUCCAUCGAUUCAUCGCUAGGUGGUCAUAGUUCCAGAGUCCAUGUCUCGAUUUUUUACUUAAAUUUUUUGUUUGAAAAAAAAGCUAAUUAGGAGCAUUAAUGUGUGAAUUUUUAUGUUGUAUAUUCAUAAAUUAGCCUCUUAGCUUUCUUCCGACGUUUCUUUCAACCUAUGAAAUGCAUGUAUACAGAUUUGUAAAUUCAGCUCAAUAGAUCGAGGCGUCGUUCGAAUAAUAUAAUUUUUCACGAACUACGUUCGAAAAUUGCAUUCAUUCUGAAAAACAUCCAGGGUAUAAAUUUUAUAUGUGAUUGCAUAGGGAUAUUAUAUACAAUUACUAUCAAGAAACAGGAAGUCGAUUUUACAUAUACUCCAUGGAUAGCUAUUUACCUUGUAUUCUCACCGGCUUUAUAUUUUAUACCUUUGGCCUAAAGUGGUGUUACGAAUAUGCUAAGUAUUGGGUAUCUCUAAGACCUAGAGAUGAUCCACAUACAACAAAGGGACUAAGACUUAUAGAAAAAUGUGAAAGACUUAUACACAGACAUCCUAUAGAGGGAAGUUUAAAACUAAUAGCGACUGCUGUAGGAUUAGCUGGUACAAUAACUGGUGGUCUGCAACAAGUUGGAACUGUUUCACCAAAAGUUGUACUUGCUACAAUCUAUUUAUUUUUUGCAUUCUCUGGCCUGGUUGAUGUUUUAAAUUUUUAUUUUCCACAUAAUGUGAGCGAAGGAUUAGUUAAAUUGGCCCUUGCUCAAAGUUUCUUCAUAGAAGGAUUUCUUUUCUUAUGGGGAAGUGUUGGAAGCAAUGCAUUAGUUGAUAAAAUUUUAGCACUAAUAGUAUGGACAACAUCUUUGUCUAUUUCUUUAGAACUUGUAUGGCCCGAAUUAAAACUUCUAAGAGGUUGUACAACAUUACUCCAUGGUGGUUGGAUAGCACAUGUAGUUCGUGUGUAUCAUACAGUGCCAAUGUUACCAGAAGGUAUUGCUUUGGUGUUUUCUUGGCAUGUAGCUGCUGCUUCAGCUGUGACAUUAUGUGUAGUAGCAGCAACAAGAAGUUGUGCUCCCAAACUUAUGAUAGAAGAACCACCAGAGAUACCUAUUUAUGAUUAUUGUCAAGAACCAGACCAGAGAAUGUAGACCCCACAUGUGAAUGGAUACAACUUUGUGUCAAUUUAAAAAUUUUUAUAGUAUGCAUAAAAGUAAUAUUUUUAGAGUAGUAUACUGUUAGUACUGUAGUGCCAAAAAAUCAAACAAUGUAAACUAAUCACAAUUUUUAUAUACAGUAUUAGUAUUUUUUUACUUAAUAUUUAUAACUUCAUUUUGUAAUACAACGAACGAUUCUAUUUUUAACUACAUUUAUACAAAUGCGAUGGCAUAAACAAUUUUGUAAUAACUUAAAAUUGUAGGUAAAAUACUCAUUAAGAAUUAA